AUUUAGUAUUCACAGACCAACGAACCAUCAUCAAUCACACCUCAAAUACCAAGCAAUCUCACCUUCCACACUCCACACCAACAAUUCACCAUCGAUCGCACCUCAGAACCAAGCAAUCAAGCAACCGGCAAGCAUCAACAGCAAGACCACCAUCAAACUCACACCAUGGCAUCUCACCAGCAGCAAUCGCAAUCCGUGGGGUUCGAGGACUACCUCCCGGUGAUGGCGGAGCGGCUGGGCGAGGAGGGCCUGAUGCAGGAGCUGGCGUCGGGGUUCAGGCUGCUGCAGGACCCCGCCCUUGGCCUCAUCACCUUCGCCAGCCUCCGCCGCAACGCGCCGCUGCUGGGGCUGGGCGGUAUGUCCGACGACGACCUCCGCGGGAUGCUCGCCGAGGGCGACUUCGACGGCGACGGCGCGCUCAGCGAGAUGGAGUUCUGCGUUCUGAUGGUCAGGCUCAGCCCCGAGCUCAUGGACGAGCCCCGCAGGUGGCUCGACGACGCCGUCGCGCAGGCGUCGCAGUUCCUCUUCACCAGCUAGAGGAGGGGGAGCGCGCGGAGUAGAGUUCUUUUUUUUUUUUUACGAUUCUUCUGUCCGUUGUUCAUAGUCAGGAUUGUUUCAAGAAGGCAGGCAGGCACUGUCGAUUGGAUCACGGAAUUCCACUUGUAUUGAUCUCCCCGAUCGUUUCCGCGGGAAAUAUCUCUCUGAAUUAAUCGACAUAAGCUUGUGCGGUUUCACUA